AUGGCUAUCGAUCCCGUGGGCGCCGUGGGUGCCGUCGCAAGCGUCGGGAGUUUAUCGGUCUCGCUGGUCGGGGCUUUCAGCGCUGACCAUCAGUACAAGCUGGGACUGCAAGAGUUUCAUGGGGCAGUUGAUCUCCUACAUAAAGGCAAGAGAGAUGGGAUUAUCACCAAUACGGCACUAGAGAGCUGCAAAUACACAUAUACCGCGGCCGAAACCCGCAAGAAGGAAGCCGAGAAAUACUUACGAGAAAAUAAAUGGGGCAGCCUUCGCGUCGCGACCGCAUUCAAGAAGAGCGCGUCCGAAUUCCGCUCGGACGCUACGCGGGCAUCAGCCACAGAACAGGUGAAAGAGCUCUUUCCAUCAUCUGAUACGGAUCGGUGCACGACCGACCAACGACCCGCAGCUCCGACCACGGUCAGUGAGAAUGUCGGGAAUGGAUCAUAUGCAGAUGAGGAGGAAUGGAACCGCGAUGAAGCCGUCGUAGGCAACGUCGCGAACCUUGCUUUAGAUCAGCCUGGACCCACGCAGAUCAUAGAGGAUAGCCCUCGCGUCUAUCACACUCGUCAACUUCGUUCCAUGGACAGCGCAGAGUCGUCUUUCUCCCGCAAUAUUCAAGAAAGCCCAAUCCCGAUGGACACGGCGCAGGACGUUGAUUCGGCCUCGCUACGAUCGGUGACACCAUCGUUCGCCAUCACAGAGGUUACCUACCAUUGUGCCCAAGGCGAGGUUGCUGGGGUAUUUGGAGGAGACAUUGCCAUGCGCCGGCUAGCGCCUUUGAGAGGCGCCCGAAGUUUAUGA